AUGAGCAGCAAUAGGGCAUAUUUGAAGCCCGCGCGAGAUCGCAACAAUCUUCACGUAACUCUUGAGAGUACGGUGACAAAAGUGCUGAUCGAUCGUAUCACAAACCGUGCAGUCGGCGUGGAGUUCAUAAAAAAUGGUCGAAAUAUCUCCGUGUUUGCGAGUAAAGAAGUGAUUCUGUGCGCAGGUGCAAUUAAAUCACCUCAAUUGUUGAUGCUUUCCGGAAUUGGACCAGCAAAACGUCUUAUGGAACUAGGCGUAAAUGUUAUCCGAGAUGCGCCAGUCGGCGAAAAUCUUAUGGAUCACCUAAUGUUUUAUAGAUUGGCAUGGAAAAUAAACACAUCGAUAAGUUUACAACCACUCGGACUGUUAAAUCCUAUUAAUCCAUAUGUAGCAGACUUUUUAAUAAAUCGAACAGGACCGUUAACGACUCCGGGCGGAUGCGAGGCUCUCGGUUUUGUCAACACAAAACAUCCAGAGGAACAUCGCGGUCUACCUAAUAUCGAAUUAUUGUUUAUUGGUGGUACACUUAAAGAUAUUACUAUUCCAUUAAUGUUAAAUCUUAAAGAUCGAAUAUCUCGUGAGUGGACUAAAUAUAGUGAGAGCUAUGGCUGGGGCAUUGGGCCAAUAUUGUUAAAACCAAAAAGUCGUGGACGGAUAACGUUAUUGGCUAAUGACAUUAAUGUUAAACCAGAGAUCGUAUCGAAUUAUCUCGACGACCCAGACGAUAUGAAGACAAUGAUUGCUGGGAUUAGAACUGCGUUAAGUAUUGGUCGGACAAAGACGAUGCAAGCGUUCGGUUCUCAAUUGUUAAACAUUACUUAUACGGAAUGCAACAAUUACGAAUAUGACUCUGAUGCUUAUUGGGCAUGCGCGAUAAGGAUGAUAUCUUCCUCGAUUUUUCAUUAUUCUGGAACUUGCAAAAUGGGAGCGAGAAGAGACCCGACCGCUGUCGUCGAUCCUAAAUUAAAGGUAAUCGGUAUUCAAGGAUUGCGAGUAGCAGAUGCAUCUAUUAUGCCCGAAAUUGUAUCGGGACAUCUAAGUAUACCUGUUUACAUGAUCGCCGAAAAAGCUGCAGAUAUGAUCAAAGAAGAAUGGGGAUACUUAAAGAAGUCACAAUAGACAUGUGUAUUUUUCAAAGUAAUUGCACCAUUUUGCAGUUUCUAUAAGUAGCACGUUAAUUUAGUAUUACAGCGGUGUUGAUUGAUAUCGCAAGUGAAAUAAAUUUUCAAGAUUUCCAAAUAAGUAA